AUGCACUGGAAUCUGCUCCGCAAGAGCCACCUGUGGCGCGUGCUGUACGCCAACCCGGCGUUCCUGGAGACGGCCGGCCUGGGCGCGGAGGACGCGGCGGAGCUGUCGCUGCGCAACGUGCUGGUGCCGCUGGGGCGCCGCACCGUCUUCUGGCGCGGCCUGCAGGUCAUGGCCAUCACGCGCCGCGCGUUUGGCGUGGAGCGCGUGAAGCUCCGCGGCAGCGCCGACGCCGACGGCAUCUUCACGCUCACCUUCCGCCCAGCUUCUCACGACCACGUCGACGCGGACGCGCUGCCCGUCGGCUGCCCGCUGGGCGUCGCACUGCGCGGCUCCGGCGGCGGCGACAGUGGUGGUGGUGAUGUUGAUGGCGGCGGCGGCGGCGACGGCGGGUGCCUUGAGGGGCAGCAGCUGUACUUGGUGUCGCUGCAGCGCGUGGACGAGGACUGGGGGGCAGCGCUGGCGGACGACUGGCCGGGGCAGGGGGCCGCGGGGCAGCCGCGGGCGCCGCGGCGGCUGGCGGAGGAGGGGGAGGAGAGGCAGAAGCGGAGGGACAGCGGGCGGCAGGAGCAGCAGCAGGAGCAGCAGGGGGAGUGGGGGCAGUGGCGGCGGGACGGGGCAGACGGGCAGCAGGCGGAGGGGCGGGAGCAGCCCCUAGUGACGUGGGUGCCGGCGGCCGGCGAUGAGCCGCCCUCAAUAAACAGCGGCUCUUCUCUGGACAGCGGCCCCCCACACAGCCCCCGCGCGCCCCCCAAGCGCCGCAGCAGCCUGGGCGGCGGCCACGGCCACGGCUGCGCGCGCGGCCCCUUCGGGCAGCUCGCGGCGGCGCCGGAGCUGCCCGGCCUCGUCCUGCGGCAGCUGCUCGGCAGCUGCGCGCAGGGCCGGGUCUACCUGGCCGACCAGGACGGCGGCGGGCCGGUGGCGGUCAAAGUCGUUGACCUCGCGUCGCUGCAGCCGGCGCGCGUCGGGCGCGUGCAGCUGCAGCAGCUGCGGCAGGAGCUCGAGGCGGGCAUAUCAAUAGAGCACCCGAAUGUGGUGCGGACGCUCGCGGCGGCGCUGGUCGGCACGACCGCGGCGGACAGCCGCGUGAGGGGGGAGCUGCAGGCGUUGACCGGGGAGAUGUGGGCCCAGGUGGUGAGGGAUGACGCGGAGGAGGAGGCGCGGUUCAUCAACAGGAUGAUGGGCCGCCUGCCGCCGGCGACGGACUCGGGGCGCGGCGCGUGCGGCACGAGCGUCGGGGACGGCCCGCCGGGCGGCGGCGGGGGCGGCGGCGAGGGCCCCACGGCUGGCGGCUUCGCGGCAGAGGGGAGGGCGGGCGGCGCGGCAGGGGCGUCGGGGGCGGCGACGGGGGAUCUCAGCGCAGGCGGCCGAGUCGCCUUCCAGCGCAGCGCCCGCAGUGCCGGCGGCUGA